UCAAAGGUCACGCAAGCCAGUUCCGCUUCCGGUUCCAGGAUCCGGUUUGUUGUCAGAAAGUUUUGGGACGUUCACGAACCCUUUUUGAGGUCUUCUGCUGCAGCCAUGGCGGCCUCCACCGCGGCCGGGAAGCAAAGAAUUCCCAAAGUGGCUAAGGUAAAAAACAAAGCUCCAGCCGAGGUACAGAUAACUGCUGAACAGCUCUUAAGAGAAGCUAAAGAAAGAGAACUUGAGCUACUUCCACCUCCACCUCAACAGAAGAUCACAGAUGAAGAAGAGUUAAAUGAUUACAAACUACGGAAAAGGAAGACUUUUGAAGAUAAUAUAAGAAAAAACAGGACUGUGAUUAGUAACUGGAUAAAAUAUGCACAAUGGGAAGAGAGUCUAAAGGAGAUUCAAAGGGCUAGAUCCAUAUAUGAACGUGCUUUAGAUGUGGACUACCGAAAUAUUACGCUCUGGCUGAAAUAUGCAGAAAUGGAAAUGAAGAAUCGCCAGGUCAACCAUGCCCGAAAUAUCUGGGACCGGGCCAUAACAACUCUGCCUCGAGUCAACCAGUUCUGGUACAAGUACACGUACAUGGAAGAGAUGCUGGGGAACAUUGCUGGUGCUCGGCAGGUGUUUGAACGCUGGAUGGAAUGGCAGCCUGAGGAGCAAGCCUGGCACUCCUAUAUCAACUUCGAGCUGCGAUACAAAGAGGUCGAUCGGGCCCGCACCAUUUACGAACGAUUUGUACUUGUGCACCCUGAUGUUAAGAAUUGGAUCAAGUAUGCCCGCUUUGAAGAAAAACAUGGUUAUUUUGCCCACGCACGGAAAGUGUAUGAGAGAGCUGUGGAAUUCUUUGGAGACGAACAUAUGGAUGAACACCUUUAUGUUGCCUUUGCCAAAUUUGAAGAAAAUCAGAAAGAAUUUGAAAGGGUACGAGUGAUCUACAAGUAUGCCCUGGAUAGAAUUUCAAAACAAGAGGCCCAAGAGCUCUUUAAAAAUUAUACCAUCUUUGAAAAGAAGUUUGGUGAUAGGCGAGGUAUUGAAGACAUCAUCGUGAGCAAACGGAGAUUCCAGUAUGAAGAAGAAGUGAAGGCUAAUCCACACAAUUAUGAUGCAUGGUUUGAUUACUUGCGCUUGGUGGAAAGUGAUGCAGAAGCAGAAACUGUACGAGAAGUCUAUGAAAGAGCUAUUGCCAAUGUCCCACCCAUUCAAGAGAAGAGGCAUUGGAAGCGCUACAUCUAUCUUUGGGUCAACUAUGCACUCUAUGAAGAACUGGAGGCAAAGGAUCCUGAGAGGACAAGACAGGUAUAUCAAGCCUCUUUGGAACUAAUUCCUCAUAAAAAGUUCACAUUUGCCAAAAUGUGGUUACUAUAUGCACAAUUUGAAAUAAGACAGAAAAAUUUACCAUUUGCCAGAAGAGCUUUGGGAACUUCCAUAGGCAAAUGUCCAAAAAACAAGUUAUUUAAAGGUUACAUAGAAUUGGAGUUACAGCUUCGAGAAUUUGACAGAUGCCGGAAGCUUUAUGAAAAGUUCCUGGAAUUUGGACCUGAAAAUUGUACCUCUUGGAUUAAAUUUGCAGAAUUAGAGACAAUCCUUGGUGAUAUUGAGAGAGCACGGGCAAUCUACGAGUUAGCCAUCAGCCAGCCACGCUUAGACAUGCCAGAGGUGCUUUGGAAAUCAUAUAUUGAUUUUGAAAUUGAGCAGGAAGAAACUGAAAGAACACGAAAUCUUUACCGACGAUUGCUUCAACGGACACAACAUGUCAAGGUAUGGAUUAGUUUUGCUCAGUUUGAGUUGUCUUCAGGGAAAGAAGGAAGUUUGGCUAAAUGCAGACAGAUUUAUGAAGAGGCUAACAAAACCAUGCGAAACUGUGAAGAAAAGGAAGAAAGACUUAUGCUGCUGGAAUCUUGGCGAAGCUUUGAAGAUGAAUUUGGAACUGCAUCAGAUAAGGAGAGAGUAGACAAACUCAUGCCAGAGAAAGUCAAAAAGAGAAGAAAGGUUCAGACUGAUGAUGGGUCUGAUGCAGGCUGGGAAGAAUACUAUGACUACAUCUUUCCGGAAGAUGCUGCCAACCAACCCAAUCUCAAGCUCUUGGCCAUGGCCAAACUUUGGAAGAAACAGCAACAGGAAAAGGAGGUUGCCGAACAAGACCUAGAUAAGGACGUUGAUGAGAAUGAAUCUUGAUUUUCUUAUUCAUAUUGAUAUUAUUUUUAUAAAUUAAUAGUUUGGAACUCUUGUGACUCCUGUAAGUUUUUGUAUAUUUCACCAGUGAUGAAUUGAUUGGAAUCUUUGGCAGCUACUUUUAAAAUUCUUUAUAAAAUGUUCUUGGGCUGGUUGAAGGCAGAGGGAUUGCAAGUAAUUUUAAUUGCCAGAUUUGAGUCCAAACAUUUUUUUGUCCACAUAAUGCAUUAGGAAAUCUAAUUAAGGUAAUAUUUAGCAUCUAUUUUAGAUGGAACUGCAGGCUUUUAAAAGAAUCUUUCUAGACGUUUUCAAAUUACAUUCUAUAGUAACUUUUAAGAUAGUUUUCUCAUGCUUUUCUUCUUCAUAAAGAUAUUUUAUGCAUUCAUCUGAAUCCUGCAACUUUUUCAUGUCUUCAGAGUCACACUGACUUGAGUUCUGUUCCCAGCUCUGCCACUUAGUGAUAUGUAACUUAACCUUUAUUUUCAGUUUCUUCACUCAUAAAAUGGGCUAAUGCUUUGCCAACCCAUUUCAAACAUUAAAUUAAAAAAGACUAUACCUGAUGCAUAGUAAGUGCUCAAUAAAAUAGUCACUUUGUUAAAUAUGUUCAUUCCUAACAGAAUUGAAUGUGUUUGGGUUAAUUUAACUUCUGAAGUCCUUGCUUUCUGAAUAGUGGCCUUUAUACCAAGUGUUUUCCAAAACAUUGGUUGGAAAAUAAUUUAUAGUUGCUGUUACUUCUGAAUAAGGUCUUUUUUACCAAGCAAAUUUUAGUCAAAUUUCAUUUUUGUCCUAAUCAGUUUCCCAGACUGGUUGACCUCUGUACUGGCUUACUAUGUGCUGUGAGAAACAAUGUCCCAUACUGAAAUAAAUUUAGGAAACUCUAGAUUAAGCGUUAACCCUGGUUAGUCAAAUCUCUUUAUAGGCUUCUCAGAGCUUUUGAUAUGCUACUAUAUAUAUGAAUUACCAGUAACAGUGUUGGCAUGUUUCCCAAACUUGACCUGGGAGUCAUUUCUACCUAGAGUACCAAUAAAUAUCUCCCAGUGUGCUACAGUAGAAAAUGUCUACUUGUGACAUCUGACACAUUAAGCUUACCCUUGCUUAAGGUGCAAUACAUCAAAGGUAACUUUAUGCUUAAUAGUGAAGCUUAAAUAGUACAAGUAACAUUUGCUGAUACACUGCUCACAUUCUCAAAACAAAAAAUACUUAACUGAUCUGAGAGAUUGUUUCCUUUAACCUGGCCUGUAUUUCUUAAGCAUAUCUUUUCUUGCUCUGUUCACUGCCCAAACUAUUGGACUAGAGCUCUGUAUCUACAAGACUGUUUUUCACCUAUAAGGACAAUUAGCAAAUUUAUGAUCUGCAAAUUUAGUUGGGUAAAUUUACUACUAAAUUUGUAAAUGUAUUAUUCACCCAAGGGGUAUAAAAUUUAGUCAAUAUGUUACUAAAUUGUAUCUUGAAAAUAAGAUAGUUUUUGAGGACAGAAUAAAAUAGGACUGUUAAGAUAAAAUGCAAACCUGUUUUCAGCCUCCCUGGUUUAGUCAUUGGACCAGUUUGAGCUGCAGAGGUAUCAGGUUCUGACUAUUGAGUACUUGAGGUCUGGCUAGUGAGGAGGAACAUUUGAGAUUUUAGUAUCUUUUGGAAAAGUGUGCAGAAUCAAGAGGUGAGAUGAAAAUAUGUCAAAAUGCUAGCAUCAAUGACUAAUCAUAGAGUCUUGCAAAAAUUCUGUUGCAUGUAUGCAUAAGAAAAAAAAUCAGUGAUCAUGUUUUCAGUGUAAUCUAACACUUUCUGGAAAGUGCCAGUAUGAAAUGCAUGAAGGAAAACGUUACUCUCUUUUGGAAGAAGAUAAAUUCCACCAAAAUGAGUCCUUUCUAAAGUAAAAGCUUUUUAAUAAUCA